AUGUUGCCAAAAUUAAAUCAAAGUUCUUCAGUGUAAUCAGUAAGAACAUCUGAAGAUUUCAGUUUAAAUGAAGCUAAAAGGAAAUAAAAAUAACUUGAAUUAGAAUCUUAGAAUGUUGAGAAUAGAAUCAAAUAAUUAAAGAAAGAAAAUGAGAAACUGUCAAAAAAAGUAGAAAUAGCAGAACAAUUAGCACUUGAUGUAUAUGCUUAACGACUUGCAUAGAAGUAGAAAGUAAUUAUUUCAGGUGUAAUAAAUAAAAUAGAAAGAACAGAAAUAACAUUAACUAUCUUUGAUUGAUCCAGCAAAAUAUUAGUAAACUUAAUAUGAAAGAAUGCAUUUAAAAAAGAUGAAAUAAGAAGUAAAAGAGAUGAAACAUUAAGAUGCAUAAUUAAUGAAAAAAUCUAUAAAAUUUGAAUUGAUGAGAACAAAUGAUGAGCAAUCAAAAAUAGCUUAAAAUUUAAGAUUGAAAGCAGCAUUAAAGAAAGAAGAGGAGAAAUUAUCAUAAGCAGUGAUAUAGGAGAAACUAUAAGAAAAAUAAUAAAAGGUGAGAUUAGAAUAAGAGAGAGAGAGAUAGAAAAUAAUAAUGGAGAAUGAGAAAUAGGAGUAUUAAAUAAAGUAAUUAGAAGCAUAGGAAUUAAAAUUGGUAGAAAGAUUAUAAGAAACUUAAUAAAGAGAAAUAGCAGUUAAAGAAAAAUUAAUGGCAGCAACAAGAUUACCACCUGAAGAUUUUGAUAGAACUUAUUUAGGAGGUUAAUCAAUAAUAUGUGAUUAAGAAAAAUAAGUAAAAAAUAUAGAUAUAAAAAAUAAGGAAUAAAAAUAAGAAGAAUAAAAAGAGUAAUAAGAAGGAGGUUAAUAAGGAGAAGGAGGAGAAUAAGGAGAAGGAGGAUAAGGAGGAUAAGGAGAAGGAGGAUAAGGAACAUAAACUGAAUGA